GGAUCGCGACGAACACACCCACCACGCCCAGACUGCCGACGGGCUCCCCGGGGACCGCCCAGCACCUCACCGACGAUGGGCCAGCUGCUCGCCGCGCGAACCAAGAGCCAGGGCAGCCAGGGCCAGGCUGGCUCCGCGCCUUGCUCCGCGCACUCCGAGGCCAUGUCCCAUGUCAACAAGAAAAGGGUGAAGACUGGGCGCAGGUCAAGUGAGGACAUCCGAAGAAACGUACCCUCUAUUGGCGUGUGGCACUGUUCGCCGCUCGACGCUUUCAAGAACAAGGACAUCAAGAUCCAGGAUGUAGAUCAUUUGUUCGAGGACCUCAAGGACCUGGGUCUUCUACAGUCACCCCACUCCUCUAAGGUGGUGGUCGCCGAAAUCAUCAACAAGUACACGACGCAGCUGGCGUCCGUGAUGGAGGUACUGCGCUCAGGCAGUUGCGACGAGGACCUGCAGCUCAAGCUGCUGAACCGCACCAACGACAUGCUCCACGAGGCUUGGCUGGUCACAAACCAGAAGAACGCCCUGGGCCAGAAGCUUAGCUGCACGCUGCGUGAGUGCGGCGGCCUGGAUCUGCUCAUCUCCAAGUGCGAGGACUCGGACUGCGGCCUCCAGUACGCCAGCGCGCUGCUGGUGACGCAGUGCCUGACGAAGGACAACCGCGACUACGUCGCCGACCACGGCCUGGAGAAGGUGGUGAGGCUGGCGUGCCAGUGCGCGCGCCACGAGGACGAGGGGCAGGCGAGCACCGGCGCCAGCAUCCUGCAGCAGCUGUUCAAGCUCAGCCCGGACGGGUGCUCCGACGUGGUGCUGCUGGGGGGCCUGGACGCCGUGCUGUUCGCCUGCCGCAAGAACAACGUCGAGACCCUGCGGCACUGCGCGGCGGCGCUCGCCAACCUCGCCCUGUUCGGCGGCGCCGACAACCAGGAGGCCAUGAUCAAGUGCAAGGUGGUCAUUUGGCUGUUCCCACUCGCCUUUCACGUGGACGACGUCGUCAAGUACUACGCGUGCCUCGCCAUCGCCGUGCUAGUGGCGAACCCCGAGAUCGAGGCGGCCGUGCUGAAGACCGACGUCCUGGCCCUGGUGGAGCGGUUCGUCUCCUCGCACGACCCGCCGCGCUUCUCGCGCUCGAGCCCGGCGUUGUGGCGCGGCCACAGCGCGCCCUGGCUGCAGAAGCUGGUGCCCGUGUUGAGCUCCAAGCGCGAGGAGGCGCGCAGCCUGGCCGCCUUCCACUUCUGCAUGGAGGCGGGCAUCAAGAAGCAGCAGGGCAACACGGAGAUCUUCCGCGAAAUCGGCGCCAUCGAGCCCCUCAAGAAGUGCGCGUCGUGCCCCAACGCCGUGGCCUCCAAGUGCGCGGCGCAGGCGCUGCGCUUCAUCGGGGUGCACCCGCCCCCGAAGCUGAGCCAGCACGUGCCCCUGUGGUCCACGGAGGACGUCCGCGAGUGGGUCAAGCAGAUCGACUUCGCCAAGUACGCCGACUGCUUCGUGGAGAGCUGCGUCGACGGUGAGCUCCUGCUGCAGCUCACCGCGGACAACCUUCGCACUGACAUCAGGAUGUCAAACGGCUUUCUCCGGAAACGUUUCAUGCGAGAGCUGAAGAAACUCAAGAUUAUGGCUGACUACUCGAGCAGUGACGCCGACAACCUGAGGUCGCUCCUGGCCGCCAUCGACCCCGAGUUCGCCGUCUACACCUACGGCCUCCUGAAGGCCGGCGUGGAGCAGGACUCCCUCUGCAGCCUGUCCGACGACAAGCUCCUCGAGUGCGGCGUCCUCAACUCGCUGCACCGGCAGAAGAUACUGCGUUGCAUUAAGAAAUGUUGCAAUGUCCAUCCAAAUAAGGUAUUUGAUGCGUUCAUAAGCUACAGACGAUCAGGAGGGUCUCAUUUAGCCAGUGUCGUCAAAGCUCACUUGGAACAGCGAGGAUAUAAGGUGUUCCUUGACGUGUCCGCUUUGGGGGUCGGCAGAUUCGACAACAAUCUGAUUCAGAGCAUUAAGCAAUCUAAUAAUUUCAUUCUCAUACUGACCCCAAACGCCCUGGACCGGUGCCUUAACGACCACGAGGGCAAGGACUGGGUCCACAAGGAAAUCUUGGUUGCAUUGAAAUCAUCGCCAAAGUGCAAGAUCAUCCCAAUCACGGAGAAAAAUUUUGUAUGGCCAGAGUCUCAGUUGCUACCCGAAGACAUUCGUGGAAUAUCCAACUACAACGCAGUCGAGUGGGUCCACGACUACCAGGAGGCGUGCAUAGAAAAGCUGCAGAGGUUCAUGCUGGACGAGUCCGAUGUGAGAGCAAGGUGAUCUGUCCUUCAGAGGCAAUAAUGGAAGCAGAAUGCAUUCUAUUCUUUCGCCAAUAAAUGGCAUGUAUUUACAAGACAUAAAUAUUUACAGUUUACAUAUAAAUACCACAAAGUAAACGAAGACACAACGUUCUCCCGCUUAAGAAUAUAGUGACACCAAUCUGUGGUGCCCGGUCAAGAAAUAAAGGUAGUUAUUGGAAAAAAUAAAAAUUGAACUUCAUUCAAUAGAGAAUUACAAUACAUGUCCAUAAAAAAUUAUAACAAAAUGUUCUAUGAUCAAGAUAAAAGAUAUACAUACUGGCGUCAAAAAUAACACUGGCUCUAGUAUAACUCCUACAGCAAUAUGUACUCUUUGUGCAAUAAAAUCUGAAUAUUUAAAGUCA